AAAUACUAUUUCUGUAAUAUUGUCCUUCCUGUAUGCAUCCAAAUAAUUAAGUUGUCAGAUAGACAACGUGAAUGUGAGCCGAUUAUGUUCAAACUUGAUGUCAAUAGGGUCGCGUCCAAGGGGUUCCCUGUUGGGUUGUCACAGUUAGCAGCUAAACGGCAGCUGCUCGGGGCUAAAGGGAUUUAACGCUGGCCCGGGCCAAAUGACUACUCCCCUGCCAUAGCUAAAACUUCAAAAAAAAGUGGGCUCUUUAACUCGUCAUAUGCUAAAGGCUUUAAGGAUUUUGUUGUCGCUUAAUGGUAAGAAUCGGCUUUGCUGUCAUUCAUCAACGUUAUGAUAGAAACAGCUAAGAGGUUAGCUAUGCUACGUUAGCAUUUCUUACAAGUAGCAUAAAUAGAAGUUAGGUGAACUUAGAACAGUUUUGUGUAAAUUAGGAACAGACUGUAUUGUCUGUUCUUAAUUUAUAAGUUCACAUAAUAUGUUAAUGUCCACCUCAUCGAAACCAAAGCAAAGUAGUUGGUGAUAUUUCAGUUACUUUAGUAAUGCUAGCGCCUAGGAAUUUACAUUCAUUCUCAUAACAUUACUGUCCGGAUUGUGUUUAAAAUUCACUCGUUGCAUUUCGGUACGUUUAUAAAACUAACAAAAUCAUAGAUCCGACUAACAUAAAAAAAUAUCCAGAUCAUAGCUGAAUUUGUUCGCGCUUCAGCUAAGUUGGGCUUACAAACGUUAGCAGGCCAAAGACAAGCCGGCGGUUUUCCUGAUUGUCCAAGCCCCGGCGGGGACUCGCGCCAGACCUGAGGUGCAACACAAUUCUCCGUCUCCUUAAAACUGGAGGAGCAACGCCGCCUUGUGACUGAAAUCCAGCAUGACAGGGGUUUGUGGUUGUUGCGGGGCACUCAGGCCUCGGUACAAGAGACUGGUGGACAACAUCUUCCCAGAAGAUCCAGAGGAUGGACUGGUCAAGGCCAAUAUGGAGAAGCUGACGUUUUAUGCCCUGUCAGCUCCAGAGAAGCUGGACCGCAUCGGGGCCUACCUGUCGGAGAGGCUGUCGAGGGAUGUAGCCCGACACAGAUACGGGUACGUGUGUAUAGCCAUGGAAGCCCUGGACCAGCUGCUGAUGGCCUGCCACUGUCAGAGCAUCAACCUGUUUGUGGAGAGCUUUCUGAAGAUGGUGCGCAAGCUGCUGGAGUCAGACAAACCCAAUCUGCAGAUCCUAGGAACCAACUCUUUUGUGAAGUUUGCUAAUAUAGAGGAGGACACUCCAUCGUACCACCGCAGCUACGACUUCUUUGUGUCCCGCUUCAGUGAGAUGUGCCAUUCAAACUAUGAGGACCCGGACAUCCGCACCAAGAUUCGGAUGGCGGGGAUUAAGGGGCUGCAGGGUGUGGUGAGGAAGACUGUGAAUGAUGAGUUGCAGGCAAACAUCUGGGACCCCCAGCAUAUGGACAAGAUCGUCCCCUCUCUGCUUUUCAACCUGCAGAGUGGAGAGCGCACAGAGAGCCGCUCUCCUUCUCCGCUGCAGGCGUCGGAGAAGGAGAAGGAAAGCCCGGUGGAGCUGACGGAGCGUUGUUUCAGAGAGCUGCUGGGUCGGGCCGCCUAUGGCAACAUCAAGAACGCCGUCACGCCCGUCCUGAUGCACUUAGAUAACCACUCUCUAUGGGAGGGAAAGACCUUUGCUGUGCGUUGCUUCAAAAUCAUCAUGUACUCCAUCCAGUCCCAACACUCUCACUUGGUAAUCCAGCAACUUCUCGGCCACCUGGAUGCUAACAGCAAGAACUCGGCCAAAGUGCGGGCCGGCAUUGUGGAAGUGCUGCUGGAGGCAGCUGCAAUUGCAGCCAGCGGCUCCGUGGGUCCUACUGUCUUGGAGGUGUUUAACACCCUGCUGAGGCAGCUUCGUCUCAGUGUGGACUACGAGUUGACCGGCUCGUACGACGGCUGCACCAGCAUCGGCACCAAGAUCAUCAAAGCUCACGAGGAGCGGCAGCUGCAGGAGGCUGUCAUCAGGACCAUCGGCUCUUUUGCCAACACGUUACCUACAUACCAGAGGUCGGAGGUGAUGCUGUUCAUCAUGGGAAAGAUCCCUGUUCCUGGUGUAAAUCUGACUCUGCCCUCUACUGAAUCUGAGCCGGAGGGUACAAGAAUGAUUCAGGUCAUGUUGCUCAAGUCCUUGGUGCAGGUGACAGCAGGUUUCCAGACCACCAACAUGCUUACAGCAUUGCCGAGCUCUUUCCUGGAGCCACUACUGUCCUUUUUUCUAACUGAUGACCCGGAGGUCCGGCUACUGGUGCUCCAAAUUCUCCUCAGCCUCAUCGACAGGCACGACAACAGGCCCAAGUUCUCAAAAAUAAGCAUCAUCUCUGACAUCUCUGUGCUGAAGCUCAAAGUUGACAAGUGCUCUAGACAGGACAAUUUAUUCAUGAAAAAGCAUGGCCAGCAGCUGUACCGACACAUCUACCUGGGCUGUAAGGAAGAGAGCAGUGGCCAGCAGCACUACGAGACCCUCUACGCUCUGCUGGGUCUUCUCAGCGUGGAGUUGGCAAAUGAAGAGGUGGUGGUGGACCUCAUCCGGCUGGCGCUCGCCUUGCAGGACUUGGCCCUGUCCACGGAUGAAGGUCUGCCUGUUUAUAACCGCUGUGCUGUUCAUGCCCUCGCCGCUGCCUACCUCAACCUAAUCUGCCAGCUCACCACCGUCCCAGCCUUCUGCCAACACAUACACGAAGUAAUUGAGGUGAGACAGAAAGAAGGUCCUUACCUUUUGCCCGAGGAUGUCUUUAUUGAUUAUCCCAAGCUGCCGUCUUCAUUGGAGAAGGUGGAAGGUGACGUUCUGUUCCUCCAGUCGAAGAUCACAGAGGUCCUUGGAGGAAGUGGUUACAAUACAGAGAGACUGGCUACACCCUACAUCCCACAGUAUACUGAUGAGGACCGGCUAUCCAAAAGAAAGAGCAUUGGGGAGACCAUCUCUCUUCAGGUGGAGGUUGAAUCUCGAAACAGUCCAGAGAAGGAAGAGAGGACGCCAGCAGAAGAGAUCACAUUUGAAACCCUAAAAAAUGCCAUUGUGGACAGUGUGGGUAUGGAGGAGCAGGAGAGGGAGCGGAGGAGACAAGUGGUGGAAAAGUUUCAGAAAGCACCAUUUGAGGAAAUUGCUGCCCACUGUGGUGCCAGGGCCACAAUGCUGCAGAGCAAACUAAAUCAGAUAUUUGAGAUCACAAUCAGACCCCCCCCCAGCCCAUCUGGAACCAUUUCCUCGGGUUACGGCCAAAGCCAGAGUCGAUCUGUUCCCAUUUACGAGAUGAAGUUUCCCGACCUUUGUGUGUAUUAGAGCACAAAGUUUGCAACAAUGUGAUUAAAAACUGAUUAAUCUUUGUUUAGGAUCAGGGAAGAGCAACCGAUUUUUACUGUAAACUGUUCUCGAUCGUGGAAACGCACGUUAGACGCAGACAGUCUCAACUUAAGAACAAGAUACUUUCUGGAUUAACUUAGCUGUGUGAAAUGUUCUUUUAUCCCCUGAUUAUCACCAGAACAAGGUGGCAAAACUAAUCAAAACACAACAAACUCCCUAGAUUUAGUUUUACUAGUAGAAACUCCUCUGGUUGGAUUAUAAAAUUAGAGAUUGCCAAGAACUGUGAUAGAGAAGCUGUGUGUGUCUCUUGGAUCUGGGAACGUUACCGGCACUGCAAUCCCUGGACGUUCCUUGUAUGUUUUUUGUUUGUUCCAGACAGGGUGCCAUACCUAACAAAAUUAGAUUAACCAGUCUUAUUUUUGUUGACAUUGUUUAUUUUUUUAGACCUGAAGACCAGAGAGUGUAUUUAACAUUAUUUUAUCUAUGAAUAACAGCUGUGUUACUCUGUAGUUUUUGUUUUGCCUUUUAUUGUUAGCCAAAAGUGCUUUUUUUUUUUAGAUGGCCAUUUAUUUCCUUAUUUUUCACUCUAUUUAUUUUUAAUUUUAAUCGUUUUCAACUAAAUAAAAAUGGUCACUCAAACAAACUGUGUGCCACACAUGGCCACAUGAACUCCUGAAAUGCGAUGUUUACCACAUUGGAAAACACUAGAAAAAUAAUUAUUUUUUCUCUGCCCAUAUAAAUGUGUGUAUAUAGAAAGAGAUAACUAUAUGUACAAAGCAAAGUCUUCAAACCUAUGUACAAAGCAGGGAUGUUUUCUGUGUUCAUACUUUAGUUUUUUAACUGUCGCUGCACUGGUUGUCCUUAGUUAAGGGAAAAGUCUAAACCAACCAGCAAAACAUGAAAUCCAAAUAAGUAGUUCACAUUAGAAGCAGGUUUCAGCAGCAUCGUUUUGACCUGUGUUGUUGCCAUUCCUCCUCAGUUCUGCAGGAUUGGCUUCCCAGCAGUGCAUCCAUCUGGUCAAGAUUUAAUAAGCCAUUUAGUGUGUAGGAGAGCACAUUAAAACACAGGUAUAAAAACAAGGUAUAAUGGCAAUAAUUUGGUGAGAGCCUGGCAAACACGGUCCAGCUGUUGGUAGCAGAUUCUUUUGUGCGUUUUUGAAGCGUGCCUCUUGUGGUGGUGCUGUGAUGGCUCAGUGUGUGAUGUUUUAAAGGAAUGCACUCCCUCUCCUGCGCUUCUUUGACUGAGUUACGUCUGUCUCGUUCAGUGUAGCUGAAGAGUCUUAUUUGUAUUUGUUCCCUUUUUUUAAUGAUGUAGAGUCGAAUGUGUCCAUCAGUGUACCAAAUUGUAUGUUCAAGUUACCCUUUUUUAAAAUUGUGUGAGUGGGAGUAUUUGUUCAUUUGUCCGUGUAAACACAGAUGUGUCUUUAUCGUUGUUACCGGAGACCAAACCCUUCAAACACAGUUUACAGUCUUGUUCAUGGACUGACUCCUCCUGGUUGAUGGAGAACAACCCAUUGAUGCAGCAGCACACAGCUGUCUGAACCCUUCAGUGGCACAAUGUAAAACUGUCUUUUCAGAAUCGGAUCUGUAAAUCUGUCUGCUUGUUGUCAUUGCAUCAUGUAAUGUGAUACUAACUUACGGCAAUCCUUAGUUUUCUUCAUUACAUGCCCGGUUAAUAGAUCCGUUUACAACGUAGUGCUGUAGUACAAAUUUAUUCUUUCUGUGGACUUUGCACUUUAAAAACUGGAUUACCUAGUGACAAAGGCAGCUUUUACAUGGAGAAAAUGCCUUACAUGUGUCAUACCUGACUUUGCAUGCUAGUGACGUAGCUGUGUUAUACAAUAAAUGUAACUCAAACCAUGAA